AUUGCAUUCUGGGUAGGGAAUUCCCAAAUAAGCUUGCCACAUGGACACAGAUGAUUGGCACCUGUCUUCUUCAAACACUGUUAUACGAUGUAUAAGGUAGCAUACAGCCAAGUUUUAGUGGUUAUACUGCUCCUAGGACUUUAUUCCGCAUUAGGACAAGAUGGCGGACAGACAACUGAUGGAGGAAGGCAGAAGAAAGUCAUCAAAGGAAAAACUGUCCAAGAAAUGGCUGCAAAAUCUAAUUUGCCAGAGUGGGAAGUGUAUAAGCGCCUGUUCAUGCAGCAACGUAAAGAACAAUUGGAUGCUGUGAAGAGCAUACUACAGAUGGGCAGUUAUGAAAAGCAAUAUAAAAUGAUUGAGAUGUUAUUCGAAAAAAUAUUUGAUGUCGUAGAGAAGAAAAGAGUUUUACUGAUUGAGAAUGGUUUUCUUCCGACGGAUGAAUUUCCAAAAGAUGAAUCUAUAAGAGAAGCAUUUUCAAUGGUGGCUGAAGCAACAGCCUUCUUUGGUGAUAUUUUAUUGAGACUUCCCGACAUAUCGCACAAAAUCUACGAACGUCAUAAAGAAUGGCAAGUCAGCCUUGGAUGGUGUAUCACAUAUCUAAACCAAAGUGAUAUAUUUUCAAUCGACUCUGAUCAAAAACUCAACUUACUUAGUUUAGUAGCUCAAGAAUUGCAGCUUGUAGAAAGAGACCCAAAUUAUAUAAAUCCAUACAAGACAGAAGUAAAUGAGAUGAUUGAAGAGGCCAAAAAGCAACAACAAAUGGAAGAAAAAGAAAAAAAGAAGAAAAAGAAGAAAGAAAAGAGAAAAGGCCCACGAUUAACUGGCGUUAGAAAUGAAUUGUAGAUUAUUUUUGUAUAGGGGGUCACCUCAAAAGUUCCGCACUAAAUUCUCCACAUAAUCCAUUGCUUUAAGAUGUUUUGUUAAAAAUGCUUCAUUCAGGUAUGAAAUUUGUACUGUUUGGUUAACAAAACUGCCUCUUAUAACCCUUCCACUAACUGAUUAUGUGUUGAAUUUGGAAUUGAACUGAUGAUAUGACCCCUAACCUACCUAGGAUACAGCAUUUUAUUGUACCGUUACUAAGGUAACCUUGAUCACCAUGGAUAUGAAGGAAUAGAUAGGAAUCUAUAUGAAACUGGUCUUGCCCAUUUUAGUUUUGUUUAUCCAAUUACAAAUCUGAAGUUUAUCUAAGAUCAGAAAAAAAUACCAUGAUAAAAUCUUUUUUAAUUCUCUGUGGCUUGUUCUAGAGUUCCUCUAAAUCUGCAACACAUGUUUAACGUAAAAUUGUAAAAUCAAUCGAAGCAUCAUCUAAGUAGUUACAAAUCAAUAGAAUAACACAUUCAUUGAAACAAGCUCUUUUCUGAGUGGGACCACUUUCGAGCCUCGAUUUAUUGUUCAUGAGCGAUAAUACCUUAAUAAAAUCAUGUACAUUUUAAUCCAUUUGAAAAAACAAUAUGGCCAUCUAAAUUAAAUGGCAACAUUCAAAUGUGACAAUUUUUUACUCACAUAUUCCAGUAUUCAUGACAAACAUACUCACAUUGCAAAAAUGAAACCACAGAUAGCCAUCUAUUACAUUGUAUUUCCUCUGCUUUAAAACAUAAUUUUUGAGAUGACUGAACAAAUAAUCACAGAGAUUUCACUCUGGAGAUUUCCCCUUUUGAGUAAAUAAGGGCAGGACCAUUGAUUCAAUGGAAGAAUCCUAUCCAUUUCUUCAAGUCCAUGAUAUCACUAAAAGCGCUAUCUGCUUACUUUUCAUUUGAAAGAUGAUUUACCAAGUUUUAUUCAUGUAUUGUCACACAUGGGAUACAAUGUACUGUACGAUUAUUGUAGAUCAGUGUUGACAUUUAUACAAUUGUAUAGUCUCCAAUAUUUUGUGGACGGUAUCUGGUGGCUGGUGUUCAGCGAUUGGCAUCUGUAACAAAUAGCAGG